AUGGGCGGCAUGAUGAGUCAUAUUCCUCGUUCAGGUUACAGAGAUCCAUUUGCCGGUAAAAAAGCACGUAUUCAUGGUAAACCAUAUUUAUUUCAACGACGACUAGGUGCUGGCGGUUUCGGCACUGUAUAUUCGGCUCGUGCACCUGACGGCAGUCGUGUGGCAAUUAAAGUAAUUGAUAUCAAUAGAAUACGAGGUGCCGGUGAGAAUCUUGUUGCAUCUUAUCUAACGGAAGUGAAAAAUCUUGAACAGUUAAGACAAGAAUCACGACAUGUUGUGAAAAUUUACGAUUUCGAUUUCGAUUCUCGAUCCGGUCGAGCUUAUAUUGUCAUGGAAUUAGGUGGUGAAAAUCUUGCCAAAUUAAUUUACCGUUUACACGCAGCACAACCUAAAUCGCGUCCUCCUGGGACGUUUAUUGAUCCGGUUAUUCGAAAGGAAAUUUGGCGACAAAUGGUUAGUAUUGUUCAGACGUUGACAGGACAAAAUAUUGUUCAUAUGGACCUUAAGCCAGAUAAUGUUAUUCUCUUCGGUGAUGUCCUUAAAAUUGUUGAUUUAGGCAUAUCAAAGAAAGGUAAUAUGUUAGGACUUGCUGGUGUGGGUACACCAUUGUUCAGUGCGCCUGAAGUAAUGCAAGAUGUUCGUGGUAGUCGUCGGAUGUACGGUCCGAAGGCCGAUGUUUGGUCACUAGGUGCAAUUCUCUAUGCAAUGACGUAUGGUCAACCACCAAAAUACACAUCUCGAGCAGCAGAGCCUCCAUCUGGACAAGCGGCUUCACGCGAUCGUUCACUCAUUGACAUGCUUCGUCGAACGCUUGUUCUCGAUCCACAUUCACGUGCUGAUAUCAAUUCAGUUCUACAUCACCCUUAUACGCGUCAUUAA